AUGAGCACGUCGUCCCUUGAUGAUCAAGCUGCUCAGCUCAAUGAAGUCUGGGAAGUUGAGGCAAAGGGUCGCGCUAAGAUCCUGGAGGCAAAUGAUCGCCGAAGAAAACGAUUACGAGAAGCACAACUUUUAGCUCAAUCAGAGAUUGAUCGGUUCAAAGAGGUAAAAAUGAUUUUGAAUUUGUUUCAAGUGAGUAACGUGCUUGAUAUGCAGGAAAAGGAAGCUGCCUUCAGACUUAAGUGCCAAUCAUUCGAAAAUGAAGACAAACGGCGCAAAAGAGCACUGAUACGUGAUGUCGAAAGAGAACUGGAUUAUAUGGAAGCAAGAGUUCAACUUUGUAAAUCAACAGUCAGUCACUCUAAUGAUGACUUGCAUAUAGUGUCAUACUGCGACAAAGCAAGGAAGGGAGAUGUCCGUGAACAUUGCGAAGCGUUCGUAAUCUUCGAGAUAAGGAUUAGAGUUGAUAUUAGUGCAAAGAAGUGA